UUUGUCCGCAGUUCAGACAGACUAUUGUCUAGUUUAAUGAUACUGUGGUGAAUUGUCAAUAGUGCAAGAGUUUUUUUAUUACUUUCUGGUCUGGCUAGAAAAUUUGGCAUCGUGGAAGCAGUUUUAGGCUUUAACAUUCUGACAGCAGUAUCACAGGUUGCUCUAUUUUUAUGUUGGGAAUACUUGAAGUUUUUAUUCUUAGAACACAGGUUGGUCAUAAAAGUCUUGGUAAAUAAGGGUAAUAUGUUUGGAAAUGUUGUAAGAUUGAGAUAUAAAGCUCUUAUAAGUGGAUCAGGAAACAAUAAAGCUUCUUUAUAACAUGGAAUAAAUGGCGGAAUAGUAACCAAUUUGCAAACUUUUGAACAAGUGUAUAUGCCUAUUACUGUAUCCUUUAAUGUGGUUGUGUUUAAAAACGCUUGAAGAAUACUGCGAACUUGUUAAAUUUUGUGAGCUUAAAAUUUCUUGGUUUCGGCUGAAAUGGUUUCUUUUUGGGAGUACAUGAAUUUAUAAAUUUCAAAUUUUUAAAUUAGCAUAUAUUUGUUUGGUGGAAUGUGAAAUCAGUUUUAUGGAUUAGGGUGCAGUUGCCACAGAAAUCCAUGAAUUUGAUGGCCAGCCAAUGAUAAUGAUUUCGCAGUAGUACUUCUUAAGUUCUUAUUGAUUAACUAUUGAGCUUUAUUCAUGGUGGAGUUAUAUCAUAUAUUAUAGAUUUCCACUCCUACAUCUUGAAAAUUAAUUGAUGAAAGAUAUACACACAUUACACUGCAAAAAGAGAUGUUUCAUUAAUAGAGAUUCAAGUGUUGUGAUUAUAAAUAUAUAUGUACAUUUAUGAUGGAUUGAUAAUGAAAGUUCAAACAUGUGGUGAUAUUUGGCUGAUAUAAUGGAUGUAAACUAGUGUUGUUAUUUGGAAAUUUGAACGGAAAUGCAUUGUUUUUAGAUGUUAAAGAAGUGUUAAAAGGAAACAUUUUUAGUGGAGAUUACAGUGAAUAUAAAGUUUAAAGUGGAAAAAAAUUUGAUUUCAUAUGCAAUGGUGGAUGUAGACCAGCACUUGUCUGGGGAAACACAGGGUGCUAGUGCUGGAUACCCAGUUGUAGUACAUCCCGUGCCGCGGAGGUGGCAGAACGGCAUACAGCAUCUUACAAAAAUGAUGAAUUUGAAGAAGCUGAAACGUCGAUUGUCACUGACGUUCAAAGGGAACCGAGGUCUUGACACCAGUCUCUCAGACCUUGCUGAGCAAAUGACCAUUGAAGACAGCAAUGGUAUCACAAAAGAUAGCAACAGCGCUGAUUUGAUACAAGAACCACAUUCUCGUAUACAUAUACAGAUAGGUGAUGAUGAUGAUGUCCCUGAUGAUAUCACAGCAAACCCAGAGGAAAAACGAGAUUAUAUAUCCCCAGUCCGUAUGCGGAACAGAAGAAGAUUCAGUGAGGAGGUAACGAAACGUCUUUCCUUACCAGCAGACAUCCGAUUACCUGGACAGUUUCUGGCGAAACAGAGUCGAACUCCAGAAGGCCAACUCAGUCGGCGGUCACGGAGAAAAUCCCUGUCUGAAAUUGGGUUUGGCAAGAUAGAGUCAUAUACAAAACUUGACAAAUUGGGUGAGGGUACAUAUGCAACAGUGUUCAAAGGUAAAAGUCGACUGACAGACAAUCUGGUGGCCCUUAAGGAGAUUCGACUAGAGCACGAAGAAGGUGCCCCGUGUACAGCCAUUAGAGAAGUGUCUCUACUCAGGGAACUCAAGCAUGCAAAUAUUGUCACAUUACAUGAUAUUGUCCACACAGAAAAGUCUCUCACCCUAGUCUUUGAAUAUUUGGAAAAAGAUCUCAAACAGUAUAUGGAUGAUUGUGGAAAUAUAAUGAGUAUGACCAAUGUGAAGAUAUUUUUGUACCAAUUGUUACGCGGGUUGGCAUAUUGUCAUAAACGUCAGGUGCUACAUAGAGAUUUAAAACCUCAAAACCUACUCAUUAAUGAACGAGGGGAACUCAAAUUAGCUGAUUUUGGUUUGGCAAGAGCCAAGUCAAUACCAACCAAAACAUAUUCCAAUGAGGUUGUUACCUUAUGGUAUCGGCCACCAGAUGUCUUACUAGGCUCCACAGAAUACGGCACCCCUAUUGAUAUGUGGGGAGUUGGUUGCAUAUUUUAUGAGAUGGCAUGUGGUCGACCAUUAUUUCCAGGAUCAACUGUAGAGGAUGAAUUGCAUUUAAUAUUCAAGACUUUAGGGACACCAGACGAUAAUGUAUAUCCUGGGCUGUCUCAGAACGAGGAGUAUUUGUCAUACAGUAUACCAGUGUACACCGCAGAACCUUUAAUAAAUAUUGCUCCAAGACUAGACGGCGAUGGCCUGGACUUGUUAGCAAAAUUAUUACAGUAUCAAGCCAAAUUACGUACAUCUGCUGCAGAAGGCACCAGGCACGCUUUCUUUAACUCAUUGGGACCCAGUGUAAAUAGAUUACCAGAUACUGUGUCAAUAUUUACUAUACCAGGAAUAGCUCUACAUAGAGAUCCCGGCAUGAGAUCAUCAUCACUUAACUCAUCAGCAUUUAAUUCAUCAAGUAAAAUACGAAGACAGAGUAUGCUGUUUUAGACAAGACGUGACUGUCUCACUCUGGUUAGACUGAUUAAUUUGCGUGUAGACACUUUUGCUACUAAGGGGCCUUAUUGGGGGCAAAGUCUGACCCCAAACAGGGUCAAAAACUGACCCUACUUGUCUUGUGAUAGUGCUGUAUGUAGCUGCCAUUUGGGAAAUGUGAAAAUGUGUAAACAUCGGAAUACAAGUUUGAGGUCCACCUUGGGGUUUUCACACCGUGAGCAAGGACACCGAAUUGAUGCAGGAGGCCCCGGUGCUUGGGUCCAAUUACAGUAGAAAUGGAUAGAUGCAUGGUCAUUGUUAAAUAUUCCUCUUUUUGCAGAUUUUCUGUAAUACAGAAAAAAGAGAUCAUCUGAGACUUGUCUUAGCAUAUCAUGAUUGUUGAUUCUUGUAUAUAUGGAUAGGUGGGCUCUCAAUUGAUAUAUAUAUUUGUUGGAAAAUGAUUACACUGUAAGAAAGAUGUUUUAAGGUUUCCAUAAAAGCAUAUAUUUGAGCUGGAGUUGAGUAAAAUGAAAAAAAAUAUACAAACAGUGCAGUAAAACUGUCUAAAUCUGCAUUUUUUUCUCCAAAGAAUAAUGUAAAACAAAAAGAGAGAGCUUGAAACUUGUAUGUAAUAGAUCAUGAGUAAAAAUUUGGCUGUUGUAUGAUUUGUCAGAUGACCUUUUCUCCACAUUAAUCUAAGGUUAAGGUCACUGUACCUAGUGACACAGAUUAUUAAUAUAUGAUCCUCUACAAUUUUAACCAGAAAUAGGGAGUGCCUUUAAUUUGCUUUGAAAAAUCUCGUACAAUCAUGUUUCUAUUAAAAGUGCUGCUUAGUCCUUGAUUCUAAAAAUAGACUAUUCUUCUAAGUGUGCUAGUAGUUUUGAAAAUGUCAGUUGUCACAGAGAAGCAAGGGAGGUAACUCUUAUGAAGAUGUGAAACAAGAAGCAGCUGAUGAUAUCUUAGACAUUGUGUAUGUUACCGAUAAAAUAUAUUUGUAAGGUCUUUAAAUAAAUAAUAUUCAGUAUGCCUUUCUGAAAUACUGGGCCUCAAUUUAUCAAAGUUCUUUGUUUUAUAGAGAUUAAGGCAUAAACUCAUGAGAUUAAUUUUUAGCUCACCUAAGCACCAAUUGCUCAGGGUGAGCUAUUAUGAUCAUUCAUUGUCCAGUUUCCAUCAUCCAUCUGGCUGUUAACUAUUGCCUUCAAACACCAUUUGCUCUGAAACAGUUUGGUGGAAGAUGAUGAGACUUGGCCUGGUAGAGCUAAAAAUGGAACAUUCUCUAAACUGUAAAUGGGAUUUUGAAAUAGUUUCUCACAAAAUUUAAUGAUCAUCUGGUGACCGUCUAUCAAAGUUUUUCAUAUUAUUUUGAUUUGUCUAAAAUUCUGCCAUCAGUGGGCCAUUGUUAUUUUUCUUUAUAUGUAUACAAUAGAAAAUUUCAAUAAAAAUCUUGUCAAAAACUGCAGGAACAAAGCCAGCUCAUUGUUCCCUUGAUGUAUAUAGUAAUAGCUUCAGAAACUGCUGACCCUUGAAUGACCAAGCUUGUUCAAGUUGUUUUGAUUUGUCAAAAAACGUGACUGCCAGACGGCUUAAUCACCUUUUUCCGAUAUGUAUAUAGUGGAAACUUUAAAAAUCUUGUCGGGAACUGACAAGACACAAAACUUCUUUGGUUGACCCAUUGCAAAGAGUGAAAGAGUGACAAGAUUUCCAGUUUAUCAAAAAAAAAAACAAACAACAUAGCCUCCAGAGCAAAAAAUAGAACCAUCUUUAAAUGUCAUCUUCUCUUAAAUCUCAUCCAAUUCUAAAAAAUGUUUUGUAGAAACCUUCCUUUGGUGAUGCACUACCAAGAUCAUUCCAAUUAUUCUGAUUCAUCAAAAAAAAUAAAAUGGCCACCAGCCAGAGCUAAAACCAGAAAAAUGUUCCAACGGCAUCUCCUGCUAAACUGUUGAAAAGAUAAUUUCACUAACAAGCACAUUGGAUGACCCUCUUUGUUCAGAUUAUUUUGAUUUGUAAAAAAAAAUUUGCUGCC